ACAGUGGAACGAAAAAAUUUCAAUUAGAAUUUAAUUUACUUUCAACGGGAACUGCAAAAAGUGUAACAGGUCCCGAAAUUCUCAGUGAUUGCGUUGCGGCCAAGUAAAUUUUACCAGUGGCUUUAGUGAGCGGUCGAUUGCGGCUUAUAGGAACACAGAUUUGCCCACACCCUGCAUUUGUCUGCAAUAAAAGUUAUCCGGUUUGGUCGGUGAUCCAAAGCUAGAAAGCUACUAUCAUCGUAACACAAGAGGAGUUGUAGCAUAGCACACAGCUGAAGUCGAAUAUGCAUAGAUAGGCGCAGCUCAGCUAGUUUUGGUGCUUGCCUGUUCUCUUAGUUUAGUUUCGGGGUGGGUUGUUAACAUUUUAUCGUAUAGAUUAGUAGUUGAUAGCUAAGUAGUGCAGAGGAUGUACCUGUGGAAUUCGGCCAAUUACGACCCGUCGGCACUGCACAGGAAGGCUCCCUCUAAGGAGCCUCAAACACCAAUCAACUCCUUGGACGAGCAGGACAAACUGCUUAGCGAUGCGAUCACGGUGGUGCGAACGCAGUCGUUCCAGAUGAAGCGCUUCCUGGACAAGAAACGCCUCAUGGAGGCGAUGCGCUGUGCUUCGACGAUGUUGGGCGAACUGCGAACGUCGCUGCUGUCGCCGAAAAGCUACUACGAGCUGUACAUGGCAAUCACGGAUGAGUUGCGGCACUUCGAGCACUAUCUGCUGGAUGAGUUUCAGAAGGGCUUUAAGGUGCCGGAUUUGUAUGAGCACGUGCAGUAUGCUGGGAAUAUCGUACCCCGGUUGUAUCUGCUGAUUACCGUGGGAUUGGUGUAUAUUAAAACCAAUUCAUCACUUAAGAGAAGCAUUUUGAAGGAUCUUGUGGAAAUGUGCCGAGGAGUUCAACAUCCCCUCAGGGGGCUGUUCCUUCGGAACUAUCUACUGCAGUGUACCCGAAACAUUCUGCCGGAUACGGUGGCCACGACAGAUGAGAACGAAGGCAUCGUUAUCGAUGCAAUCGAUUUUGUUUUGACUAACUUUGCCGAGAUGAACAAGCUCUGGGUUCGAAUCCAGCAUCAAGGCCAUUCCAGUGAACGUUCCCGCCGAGAGAAGGAGCGGGAAGAGCUGAAGAUUUUGGUUGGAACGAACUUAGUUCGAUUAUCGCAGCUGGAAUCGGCCAGUCUGGAAAUUUAUCAGCGUUUGAUUCUGCCCGGUAUUCUGGAGCAGGUGGUCAGCUGUCGUGACGCUAUCGCUCAAGAAUAUUUGAUGGAGUGCAUAAUUCAAGUGUUUCCGGACGAGUUCCAUCUGCAAACUUUGGAUCCAUUUUUAAAAUCCUGCGCUCAACUGCAGUCCGGUGUUAAUGUGAAGAACAUCAUCAUUUCGCUGAUCGAUCGUUUGGCUUUGUACAAUCAACGAAACGGAAAGGUUACUCAAACCACUUCCGGAACGGAAAUUAUAUCGGCCAUCCCGUCGGAUGUGCAGCUGUUCGAGGUCUUCAGCACCCAGAUUGCGUACAUCGUUCAGCUGCGCACGGAUAUGCCACUGGAGGAUACCGUUUCGCUGCAGGUCGCGCUCGUCAGUCUCGCCCAGAAAGUGUACCCGGAUCGGGUGGAUUACGUGGACAAAGUGUUGGAAACAACGGCGCAAAUUCUGGAUCGGCUCAACAUGACUAAGUAUUGCAUUUCACAUUCCCUCACCGUGAACCAGGAACUGUCGCGGCUGCUGCGUCUUUGCGUUGAUUUCUACAACAACGUGCUGACCAUUUUCCAGUUGCAAUUUUUCACGCCACUGCUGGAAAAGUUUGACUACACUUCCCGCAAGGCACUGUCACUGUACAUCGUAAUGAACGUGCUGGAGAAUGAAACUCAAAUCCCGUCGGCCGAACACGUGGAUAGCGUCUUGACAAUGCUCUCGCCAUUGAUUCGUGACCAAGAGGAUCAACCGACCGAUAAGGUGGAUCCGGAAGAUUUCGCCGAAGAGCAGGGAAUCGUCGGUCGCUUUGUGCAUCUGCUUCGCUCCGAGGAACCGGACACGCAGUACAAAAUUUUGACCGCCGCCAGGAAGCAUUUCGGGCUCGGUGGACAGCAACGGAUACGCUAUGUGCUGCCUCCGCUCGUGUUUCAAGCCUACCAGUUGGCUUACAAGUACAAAGAGAUAGCCCAGGAGGACGAAAUGUGGGACAAAAAGUGUCAGAAAAUACUUCAGUUCUGUCACAGUACCAUUGCUGUGCUGGCUAAGUCGGAGCUGCCGGAGCUGGCGCUGCGUUUGUAUCUGCAGGGUGCGCUCUGCAUUGGACAAAUCGCCUAUACCAAUCACGAAACCGUCGCGUAUGACUUUAUGACCCAGGCAUUUUCUUUGUAUGAGGAUGAAAUAUCAGACUCGAAGUCGCAGUUCGCUGCCAUCACUUUGAUCGUUUCUACUGUGGAACAGAUGACCUGUUUCUCGGAAGAGAAUGCUGAACCGCUCCGCACUAACUGUGCCCUAGCGGCAUCGAAGCUUCUAAAGAAACCAGAUCAGUGUCGGGCGGUCGUUACCUGCGCUAGCCUUUUCUGGAGUGGAAAACAAAACGGUCAGGAACUGCGUGAUGAGAAACGAACACUGGAAUGUCUCAAAAAGGCAGCCAAGAUUGCAUCCCAGUGUUUGGACGUAGAAGUCCAGGUGCAGUUGUACGUCGAACUCCUGAAUCACUAUCUGUUCUAUUACCAACGAGGGAAUGCUCAGAUCACCGUAUCGAUGCUCAAUCAGUUGAUCGCCAAAAUCAACGAGGAGCUGCCCAACCUGGAACCGACGGAGGAAACGAAACAGAUCGAAAUGCACUAUCAGAACACGUUGGCUCACAUUCGGAGUCGAGUGGAGACCAACGAUGGCAGCCUGGAGGUUUCGUUUGCUGGCAUUACACUGAACUGAACUGAACUGAACUAAACCGGAAGUUGAAUUUAGUAGGAUAUGAUCGCAAUUACAUAGUAGGUAGGAUUUAAACGCUCCUCCCUCUCCUCCUGCAGCAUUGUUCAGUUCAGUUCGGAAGUUUCUUCGCAUGCGAGUAAGUUUCAAUUUUAAGAGCAAAAGUAAGUGGAAAAAAAACAGUGAAUAAUUCGUUGAUCUUGAAUAGUCCAGUUUAGUUGUUGGGUUUAGGCAGAAAGAACGAUUGUGAAUCGAAAGUGCAUCCAUUGAUUAAAUGGCAAAGUUUAACUAUAAUAUACAUACCAUUCAAUAGUGUAGAAUCAUAUAUUGAAUAUUAGUAGAUCCGUAGUAUUGCACGGACAUCGAGUUGUAUGUCACUUAAAAUAU